AUGUCACUUUCUUUAAAUGAUAUAUCCUUAAUCCAUAAAUUAAAUUAUUUAUCUUUAACAACAGAGAAUAAAAAUUAGCUAUAUUUUAAUUUUACUUGCCAAUAUUUUGAUUUUAUUCCAUUACAUGAUUAAGUCAUAAAUAAGCAAUUACAAUAAUAAAGGUAUUUGAAUUUAUUAAUACUUCUAAAGAUAUAUUAAAUCUUCUAUAGCCACUUUAUUUUUUAAGCAGAAAUUCAUUAUCAUAUUGCUGAUAUAUAUUAUUAGACUUGCUUCCAAAAUUGUAUUUAUAUGUAGUUAGCCAAUUUCUAAUAGAAAUUAUAAGGUUUAAUAAAGUUCAUAAGAGAUUUACACUAUGGUUUUGAUAUUUUAAUCAUUUCAAUUUAUUCCAAGAAUAUUAUUGGUAGUCCCACUAUCAACUACCUAACCAAGAGGAUUCAAAAGACUCUUCAUCGUAAUAAUUAUUUUUUGAAAAUUAGUAGAGAUUGUUAUUGGAAGAUACUCGUAGAUAUAGGUUUACUGAUUACUUUAAAUUCUCAAAUAGAAUAAGGAAUUUAAUCUUAAUUUUCGUUGAUUAUAUAAGAUAUUCAAUUGUAAGAUUCAAUAAUUAUUCUUUUUCUUAUACUUUUUUAUUAUAAACUAUGUUUUAUCUUUAUUUUUGAUAAAUUGGUAAGUUAGUUUAUAUCAUAUUUGGAUCAUAUUGGAUAGAAUUCUUGCUAAAAUAACGAAACACAAUAUUAAUUUAUUUAUCAAUAAAUUGAGUUUUAUUAUUAUUUAAAUUGUCUAAUAAAAUUGAAUAAUGAAUAGUAAACUUAGUAAAAGGUCCAAAAAGAGUCUUUUGACAGAAGAAACCUAAAAAAUGAGGAGUAAACUGAGUCAAUCGUAAAAAAUGUUCGUAAUGGCGAUGCUACAAAUCCGGAAGUAAUGGUAAUAGGUGAAGGGGAAUUAUAAAGAAUGAAAAAUAAUGCAAUAAUCACAACGAAAGAAGAGCAAAUAUAUUAGAAGAAAUUACUUGAGGAAUAGAAAGAGAAGUAAAUGGCUGCUGCAAAAGCAAAAAAAUAACGAAUGAUAUAAAUGGAAGAAGAAAAAAAGAAAUUAGUUCCGUUGACAUCAUAAUAAGAAGAGGAUAAAGUAGUGAAAGAUUCACUUCUUGCAAGAGCAGCAGAAAUAAUGAAUGAAUAAAUGGAUGAUGUUAAGGAAAUGAAUAAGAUGGUAAUGUAUGCUAAAUGUGUAACUGUUCGGGAUAAAUAAUUAAAAGAAAAAAAAGAUUUGGUUGACUAAUAUAAGGUUCAGGAAAAGAGAAAGGAUUUGAUGAUGGAAAUAGAAAGAUUGAAAUCUAUUAAAUAUCAUGAAGAAAAAGAUAAACAGCGAAAAGUUGAAUUGAAACAAGGUCACGAUAUUAUAAUUGAAUAAAUUAAAGAAAGAGAAUUAGUAAGACUAAAAGAUAAAGAGGAGUAGGAAAGAGACGGAUAAGUUAUGCUUAAAAAGAUUAAGUAACUACAAUAAGAGGAAUCUUAAAAGGCAAUGCAAAAAAAAAUAUCUUAACAAAAGGUUCAAGAAGAAAUCUUAGAGGCAAAUGAUAGAGCUAUUUUAGUAAAAGAAAAAAGAAAAUUAGAGGAAAGGGAAGAGGAAGAAAUGAUAGUCAAAUAUAAUUUAUAAAAAGCAUAAAAAGAGGCUGAACUACAAGAAGAGUAAAGGAGAAUUAAAGAAGAGAAAGAACGUGAAGUUUAAAGAUUAAGAGAAAUGCAAGAAAAGGCAUAAGACCGAUAAGCUGAGUUGGAUGCAUUAAGAGCAAAAAGAGCUAUGGAAUAAAAUGAAAGAUAAGCAAGAGAAAAAGAAAGAAGAGAAGCAGAAUUAAAAAUGAGAUUAAAUCAUGAAGUUCAUGAAGCAAGAAAACUAUAGUAAUUUGAAAAAUAAGAAAGAUUAGAAGAAUAAGCAAGAUUAGAAAGGGAUGAAUUCUAAAGGGUUAUUCAAAAAUAGAAGUAAGAAAGAGAAAAUGAACUGAAGCUAUUGCAUGAUAAAGAUGCACUAGUUAAAAAGCAUGCAGAUGAGUUAAGAAAAUAAAUAUCCCUGAAUGAAGAAAAGAGAAAAUAAGAAGAAAGAGAUAAAUUAGAAGAAGGUAAAAAGAUUAGAGAUAAAAUGUUGAAUGAAAAGAAACUUUUAGAAAAUAUCAAAGAUACUAAAUUGAAAACUUUAAAUGAAAAUGGAAUUGCUGAUAAAUAUAAAGCAGAAUUAGCUAGAAAAAAAAUUAAUAUCCUAAUUUGA